CAAUGGCUGCGACCUGGAUCUCUUCUAUUGGCUUCGCGCUGCUGCUGCUGCUGUGCCUUAGCGCCUCAGCCCGGGCAGCUCCCUCCGUCAGUGACUUGGAGCAGCUGGGCGAACUGGAGCGCACGCUCAAGGAGCUGGCCACCUCGGUGCUGGCCAUGAACGGCGGCUUUGCUGGCGGCGGUGAGUCUGGCCAAGAACGGACGUCAAUGCUGGGGAUGUGGAGAACGAUUUGGAGUUGGACACCGACAGCUCGGCUAUACUGGAGUAUCUGAACAAGCUUUCGCUAUAGA